GGCAAGUAAGACAGCAAUCGAACACCUUGCCGUUUGUUCUUUCUUUUGAGCCACAGAAGUAAAGCUGACAGACUUGCAAAUCAAAUUAAUCUAGUUUUAUCCUUGCAUUGGAACUGUGAAGGUCUCAUAGAUGAAUUGAACCUGAAAGGAACAAAGAAACAGAUCUAGAUCAGAAUGGCAACAUUUAACAACUCUGGCACAACCAAUGGCACCAAUCAGUAUCACUGUGAUUAUAAAGAAAGCUUCAAGUACAUUCUUCUCCCAGUGAGUUACAGUCUGGUGUUUGUGGUCGGCCUGGGCUUGAACAUCACCGCCAUGUACGUCAUCUUAUUUCGAACCAAAAACUGGAAGCCCAGCACCAUCUACAUGAUCAACCUCAACGUCUGUGACACUCUUUACAUCCUCACCCUUCCGUUUCUGAUCUACUAUUACGCUGAUGAGAACGACUGGCCAUUUGGUGAGACGAUGUGUAAGCUUAUUCGCUUUCUCUUCUACACAAACCUCUACGGAAGUAUCCUCUUUCUCAGCUGCAUCAGCCUGCACCGAUUUUUAGGCGUUUGCCAUCCGGUUCGCUCUUUGUCCUGGAUAAACGGCCGUCGGGCUCGUUUGGUCUCUGUGGGAAUAUGGGCGACAAUGCUAAUUUUUCAGGCGCCGAUCCUUUAUUUCUCCAGAAUGAAAAAUAAUGGUGACAUACGGGUUUGCUAUGACACCACCAGCAAAGAUCUCUUCAAUGACUUUGUGGUCUACAGCUCGGUGGUGAUGUUUCUGCUGUUCGUCCUACCAUUUGGGGUGGUGCUGGUCUGCAACGGGCUGAUGGUGAGGAAACUUAAGGAACCCGGUGUUGGCGAAGGACCAAUGUCACAACGCUCCAAGCAAAAGUCGGUGAAGAUGAUCAUUAUUGUGCUUCUGACUUUCAUGUUGUGCUUCUUGCCUUUUCAUGUGAACCGCAGUAUAUACUACACCUUCCGCUACCUGGACAAACAGGUGAACUGCUCGAUGUUAGAGUAUGCCAGCAUGGCCUACAAGAUCACGCGACCUCUAGCCAGUGCUAACAGCUGCAUCGACCCCAUACUCUACUUCAUGGCAGGACAAGGCUUCAGAAGCAGCAUCAAGAAAGCUAAAACAAGAUCUGGAAAACUUUAAUCACCAUCAACCACCGCAUGAAUAAAAAAAAUCUCAGGCUACUUACAAAGGUCUUUGGGGCAGCCAUGACAGGGCCUUCUCACUCUGGGAAGCGCACCUUAUAAUGAAUGACAGGCAUCAAUGUUGAUAAAUAAAGAGUCAAUUUUGUAGUCUUUGAUAAAAAUAAAUAAAUAAAAGAGUAGUCACUGUGUCCGAAAUCGCCAAGCAUACCCUUAGGGCACUAUUUGAGGGGAAAGCCACUUGGAGUGGUGUCCAAAACCAUAGUUGACGUAGAAUGCAAGUGGUAGUAGCCCUUCUGUUAGACUCAGUGUCCGAAUUCACUCACUUGUUUUACUUCACUCUUUUAAGUGAACUACUUAAAUAUAAGUUGAUGUAUAGAGUGAAUGAGGGUAUAGGGAGCGAUUUCGAACACAGCAACAUUGUUCCUUUUAGAGAAAAUUUGUGGGCAAAACAGCUCACACAGAAGUCACGUUCAAUCAAGCUUUUCUGUUGGUCUACGCAGUGAAUUUGCGGGAACACAAGUGAAAUAUGCGUGUGACGGUAAAUGUGAUGAUAAUAAUAUGGUAAUAGCCUAAUAAUAAUAAUAAUAUAAAAAAAAUAAUAACCAUUCUGUGUUGUAUAAAUAGAAGGACUUUGUGACCCUUCCAAAGGACAUAAUAAAAUGUGAAUGUGAAUGAAUAUAUCACGAUAAAUACUUGCUCUUUGACCAGAGAAUGUUUUAUUCUAUUCACAUUCUAUUCAUGCUGCUUAAUUGAAGCACUUGUGGUAAAGGUAACUAAGCUCUGCUUCUGUGAGUAACCUUACAAAGUGACAGUCCCUGAAGAUCCCUGAAAAAUAUGUAGGCUAAUUAAGUUUUCUUUAAUUUCUGAAAGGAGGUUUGUGUAAGAUGUUGGUAGCAGCACAAAUGCAAUUCCACAAUGGGCCUAACUGACUUUGUAAAAUCAGAGUGAGCUGUCUUUACGUGCCUUCAGUGAGAGAAAGGGAGAAAAGUCAAACUAAAACUAUUAAAAAUCAUAAAAUAAAUUAAAUAAUAAUAUUACAUCAAAAGCUUAAAAUUUGAAAUGUUGCCAUGGCAACUAACCAAAAUAAAAUGUUUAAGCUACUGCUAUUUCUGAAGCUAGAACUGGAAUAAAAUAAAUUAAAGCUUAAGUUAAGCUAAAAUUAAAAUGAAAACUGAAAAGAUACAAAUAAAAGCUAAUUCAAAGCACUAUUGAACAACGCCCCGUUGAAAAAAAAAAAUCUGUCAUUAUUACUCACCCUCAUGUUGUUACAAACCCGUAAGAGCUUCGUUCAUCUUUGGAACGCAAAAGAAGAUAUUUUUGAUGAAAUGAGAGGUUCCUGAUCCCUCCAUAGACAUCAAUGCAACAACGAAGUUAAGCCUACAUUUUGAGAAUUGUAUUUAUUAUUUGAUUUAUCAUACUUUUUUGGGGAAAAACUUCCAUAUAAAGUGCUAAAGUAAACUGCAAAAAUAAAUAUAAAUAUUUUCUAAACAAAUUUCCGAAAAAACAGAUAAUCCCGCCCCCAAAACAAGCCGUUGGUUGAGUGCAUGUUGUUGUGUAGGACAAGAGCUCCCCCUACCCAUCUACAUAAUCGUAAUUAUUUUUUCCUGUUUAAAGCAAAAGAUCUCUUAUCAAUGAAUCAACUUUUAUUGAGGAAACAUGUAUGUAAUAUGGAAAAUGUAAAAAAAAAAAAAAAAAAUGCCUGAAAAUAAAUAUAAAUAUCAGAAAAUGGCACAUCAUGCGAUUUGAAUGUUGACCUGUAUGUUAAUAUGUGUACUUUUGGCACUUUGUGGCGUUGCAUUCUCAAAGCUAACACAACUAUUGCAAUAAGAAUUACAGUUAUCUUAAGUUACUGUACAAUAAGGGUUAGGAUUUGUUAUCCUGUACGCUGACCCCUUGACUUUGGCAUUGUUCUACAAUUUCACUCUAUAUCCAAGUUAAGCUAAAUAACAACAUAUGAAUUUGAUCUAGUGUUGAUUUUCCCUUUCAGGUACUGUCAUACUGAACAGCAUUCAUAUGUGAUACAUUUUCAAAUUCUUAACAUACUGUAUGUCUUUAAUAUAUGUAAAAGAUUUAAAUUGUAUUAGUUUUAUCACAACUGAGCUAACAUAAGGGUGAAGUGUAAAUAAUUUAA